AAAGAUUCAGAGAAAUAUUAGGGGAUCAUGUCUUGGAAGGGAAGAGAAGAGAAGGCAUGAGAGCCGAGAAUAAAUUUCUUUUCUCUUUGAUUGUUGGACUAGGGCACGGUUAUCGGCCCCUUGAUUUUGCUGUACCCGGGCUCGGUCCGUCUGUGUUUUCCACUUCCCUCCAUUCCAAAUUCUAAUUCGCGGGGUUAAUAUUCCCACUGUUCUCGCGUUAACGGAAGAGGAAACCCUAAGCUACUACUCUUUCCUUCGAAUGAAAAUCUUCAAUCCGCAAAUUAACUCGGAGUUCUAACAGGUGAGUCACCUUGCUUUUCCUUUCAACUGUCCUGCAUGAGCUUCUCCGUCUUUCGCAUAUCAAAGUUAAUAAUCGAACUUCCAGAGAAAAAGACUUAAAUCAGGGCUUACGCUUACGUUCUUCUUAUGUAACCUUGUCAUGGGUAUCUUGGUUAUGUGAUUCGCCUUGAAUCUUUACCAAUUCGCUUCGCUUGGGGACAUUUGAAGUUUAUGGAGUGUAUAUAUGGGGAACCUAUGUAAAGAUUUUUGAUGGAUAUCCGUUGAAUUUUAGCAAAAGAAAUUCCUAUCUAAUUCUUUUUGUUUCUAGACGAUAUAUGGGUAGCGUUGUGGAGAAAUGCGUGGUUUUAUGUUCUUGGUGGAAAGGAGAAACCCGUUUGAUGUUACUGCAUUCAAGACGAUGUCUAGGUGGUGCUGAGGAGGAGAAUUUAAUUCCUUUCUUGGUUGGUUGUGCAAGCUUGAUGGAUUUGAAGAGAAUUUGACAGGCUAGUGAAGAAACCUGGGAUAUUCAGAAGAAUGGAGACCUCUGUUUCAAAUGGAUUGGGUUUGAGGAGGACAUCUAGGAAGAAAGCGUGUAUAAGGAAUUAUGAUGAAAAUUUGAUGGAUGAGUUGAUAGAGAACCAUUUGGGUGGUGCUCUGAGGAAGAGGAAUAGAACCAGGGAAGAGUUAGAAAAAGAGACUGAAACAGAGGCUAUGAUAGCAUUUUCUCUAGGAUUUCCGAUAGAUGCAUUGCUCGAGGAAGAAAUUCAAGCAGGUGUGGUGAGAGAAUUGGGUGGGAAGGAGCAGAAUGAUUAUAUUGUUGUGAGGAAUCAUAUUCUUGCUAGAUGGAGGAGUAAUGUGCAGGUGUGGCUAACAAAAGGACAGAUUAGAGAAACUGUGAGCAGUGAGUGUGAACAUUUGAUUUCUUCUUCCUAUGACUUUCUUUUGCAUAAUGGAUAUAUUAAUUUUGGGGUUUCCCCAUCUUUUACAUCUUUUUCGUCUGAAGAGGCAACUGAAGCUUCUGUUAUAAUAGUUGGGGCUGGACUCUCUGGGUUGGCAGCAGCAAGGCAGCUCUUGUCAUUUGGUUUCAAGGUUAUUGUUUUGGAAGGAAGGAAUCGUCCUGGUGGAAGAGUUCAUACCCAAAAGAUGGGUAUGAAAGGCAAAGCUGCCGCUGUGGAUCUUGGUGGCAGUGUAAUCACCGGUAUCCAUGCUAACCCACUAGGAGUUCUUGCUAGGCAACUCUCUAUUCCACUACAUAAGGUUAGAGAUAAGUGCCCUUUAUACACACCGGGUGGUGCACCUGUUGAUAAAGAAAUUGACUCAAAGGUUGAGUUCAUUUUUAAUAAGUUGCUUGACAAAGUCAGUGAACUGAGACAAAUAAUGGGCAGAUGUGCGAACAAUAUUUCUCUUGGUUCAGUUCUUGAGACACUAAGCCAGUUAUAUGCUGUGGCUAGUAGUCGUGAAGAGAGACAACUUCUUGACUGGCAUCUUGCAAAUUUAGAAUAUGCAAAUGCUGGAUGUCUUUCAGAUCUGUCAGCCGCAUAUUGGGAUCAGGAUGAUCCUUAUGAAAUGGGUGGGGAUCACUGCUUUCUUGCUGGGGGAAAUUGGAGACUGAUAAACGCAUUGUGUGAAGGAGUUCCAAUAUUGUAUGGGAAGACUGUUACUGGUAUUCGAUAUGGGAAUGAAGGAGUGGAUGUGAUUUUUGAUGGCCAAGUGUUUCAAGCAGACAUCGUUCUUUGCACCGUGCCUCUUGGAGUUUUAAAAAAGAGGAGCCUCAAGUUUGAACCAGAGUUACCUGAGAGAAAGCUUGCGGCAAUAGAGAGAUUGGGUUUUGGUCUCCUGAAUAAAGUUGCGAUGGUAUUUUCUCAUGUAUUUUGGGGGGAAGACUUGGACACAUUUGGAUGCCUCAGCGAAGAUAGCAAUCAGCGCGGAGAAUUCUUUUUAUUUUACAGUUAUCAUACAGUGUCUGGAGGUCCAGUACUAAUUGCACUGGUGGCUGGAGAAGCUGCAGAAAGGUUUGAAUGUACAGACCCGUCCACUUUGCUUCAUCGUGUGCUAACCAAACUUAGAGGUAUAUAUGGUCAGAAAGGCAUAGACGUGCCUGAUCCCACACAAACAAUUUGUACAAGAUGGGGUAGUGAUCCCUUUUCCUGUGGUUCGUAUUCUCAUGUUAUGGUACGAUCAUCUGGUGAUGAUUAUGAUAUACUAGCUGAAAGUGUAGGAAGCCGAUUAUUCUUUGCUGGUGAGGCGACAACUAGGCAAUACCCAGCCACCAUGCAUGGUGCCUAUUUAAGUGGCUUAAGAGAAGCUUCAAACAUUCUUCAAGCCACGAGCGGUAAUCAUAAUUUUUCACGGAAGUCUGUACCAAGAAAUAUUAGAACAAACUGUGAUAUACUUGUAAAUCUGUUUAGGAGGCCCGAUUUAGAAAUUGGAAAUUUUUUGUUUGUUUUCAAUCCGUUAACAGAUGACCCAAAAUCGAAGGGUUUUAUGAGAGUAACUCUUGACUUUUCUGGAGAUGAUUCUAGAAAGGUUUCAAAGGACAGCUGUGAAUCCCCUGUGAAUUUACCUUUGCAGCUUUAUACUGUAUUAUCUCGUGAACAAGCACAGGAGCUCCAACAGGUUACUGGAGGGGACAAAGGUAAACUAUCAUAUUUGAAUAAAAAUCUUGGAUUGAAGCUAAUGGGAACAAUUGCUCUGGUAAACAUUGCUAACUCCUCAAUCACUACCAUUCGAAGAGGAAGGUUUAGGAGGAGUGCAACUUCUGCUCAAUAAGAGUUAGAUAGACAUGUGCCAUCACUAUCAGUAUACAACUUUCAGGCCUUCAGAUUUAGCUUGGGGUCUGUUAAUGCAACUCGUGCUUCCUUGAAGUUGUCAUUUCCGUCGCAAGUGCUGCACUUGGGGAUUUAUUCAUCAAUUCCAAGCAGCUAAAGUUUCUUGUAGUUUGUUGUACUGGAAGCCAUUUACACCCUCAAAAGAUUGAAACCUAGAAAUUUUUUUCUCAAAGAACCAGGUCAGUUGUGUUUGUAAGGGCAGCUAUCCUGAACUGAGGAUGAACCAGUAGUUGCCCAUAUAGUCAGACCCGUUCGAGAAGAUUCAUUAUCUUUCCUUUUUUUUUUUUGGGAGACCUUGUGGCUCCGAGAUUGUUUAUGUGUACACUACAUAUUCAUUUGAAAUGCUUCUUCAGAGGUAAUACUUCUUUUAA